AUUCAGAAUGACGAAGGCAGCGAAGGGCUUCCGAUUCGACUGCCGAGACCUACAUUUGGUGGCAGCUAUUUACGUCAAAGAGGUAGCGCAUUCAACGGAUUGUGAUAAAAGAAAACCUAAAAGAAAGAAAAUUAGGAACUAGAAGUUCAAACACGCUUAUCAGGUUAAGUUAGAAAGGAACGUAGCCAAAAUGGUUUCAAUAAAGCAGGAACCGUCCUACUUAGACGAUAUCAAAAUGAUUUCUAUAAAGCAGGAGAGUGGGACGUCCAGCUGGGACGAUCCUAACAACAUUGACAUUGACUGGGAAUGCGAGUUUAUGGAUUUUCCGCCGUCGCUCUUCACGUCGGCUGAUUCAGAAUCCGAGCAAGCGUACGGCAGCGGGAAUCCCACCGUCAACGGCUGGGACCAGCAAGCCUCCUCGGAGCCACAGAUCCGCCACGACUGCAUGUGGUCCGGCAGGUGCUUCGAUCAGUCACAUCCCAGCAAAACGGGCUGCGCAACCAAUCACGGCACCACAAACGACAACAACAACACCCAAGAACAAACGGAAGUGAUCAACAAAUUCAGCACCGUAACAGCAGUGGCAGCAGCCAGCUUAAACAACAACGUCGCCGCCAUUCAAAAACCGAUCCUAACCCCGGCAAACACAUCGGCUAUGAACAUCAACAACAACACAGCAUCGAAAAUAAUCACAGUCAAACCGCAGGCGGCCCAGAUCCCCGCCGGACGGUCCCUACUGAUCAACCCCCGGAUCAAGCAGCAGCAACAGCAGAUGAGCCGGAUACCACCGGUUUCGACGUCGGAUUUCCUGCGGGAUCGGGAAACAUCCGUACUUCUGCACAGACCGGACACGCCACUCAGCUUAGACGAAGAUCCGCCGGAGUUCAAGCAUAACAUCGACCUGGCCACCUGCACCAUCGGAUCGAACCGGAUGAGUUUGACCAACAAUUCGCGGCACUACAGAAACCACCAGAACCACCACGACGACCCGUCCUCCCAUCGGAUCAUCAACAUGCUCAAGGAGGAGCUGGAGGACCCCGAGUCGAGCAACUCCCGGACGUGUAUGACCAGCUCGUCCGGCGAGAUCGUUUAAUUGAUCGAUUUGCUGAACGAUCUUGACUAGACAGAGGGCUAUGGCGAGGAGAUCGAUUCCGAUACCGAUUCCAACCCGGAGAGCGAUUGUCGGAGUAGUAAAGGUGGCGGAAUAUCGGAAGGUUACACAAAAGUUCAUCAUCAAGAGCUGAGCCCUUCCUCGUCGUCGUCCUCCUCCUCCUCUUACGAGUACCAGGGAACGCACGUCGGCGAUCACAGCUACACCCGCCCCAAAGACGUGUACCACCUGAACGGACUCGGCGUGCUGACCCCAUCAGAUUCCGAAGAGGAAGAAAUCGACGUCGUUUCGAUAGGCGAGAAGAAUCUCCCGACGAAUCCGACCCCGCGCGAGAAGCGCCACGUCGAAAGUCGGGUGGCCCUAAAAAUCCGCAAGCACCCCGUCAACUCGUCGCACCACCACCACCACCACCGGCGCCGGCACUCCGACGACGAGUAUGCGGCGCAUCAUCACGGGAGCACCAGCGGAGCCAGCCAUCUCAGCCCGAGUAAGUCCUAUGGUUUCUCGCCCAACUAUCUCACCCCCGCGUCCUCCACCACCAUCUCCGGGGCGAACACUCCGCUCCCGCCCGGCGGCAGCAGCAGUAUAUCGAAUCCUCGCAAGCGGCCCAGCAAAGACGACCGCAGCAACGGCAAGAACCGGCACCACCAGCACCGCAGCAAGAAGCAACGCAUUCCCGGGAAGACGGUCGCGCGCUCCCCCGAGUCCUCCGAAGAGCAGGAAACCCUCGAGAAACGCAACCUGCACAACGAUAUGGAGCGACAGCGGCGGAUCGGGUUGAAGAAUCUCUUCGAGGAGCUGAAGCGACAGAUCCCGAGCCUCCGGGACAAGGAACGCGCACCGAAGGUGAACAUUCUCCGCGAAGCGGCCCUCCUCUGCACGCGGCUCAACCGCGAACAGGAACAGCGCAACGCACUCCAGAAGCACCAGCAGCGGCUGUACGCCCGCGUCAGGCAACUGCGGACGUCACUGCACUCACAGCGGCGUAUGGAUUAGGUGCGUGCGGUGGGCCGUGCGUCCGGAGGCGGGAACCAAUGUGAUUUCAAAACGCGCGUCUAAGCGCGACAAUGGUGCCAAUAUGCGAAUAGGAGGUAGGUAAUAUGUUGAACGAACAGCAAGAGCGAGAGAGUUAGUUAGAGAGAGAGAGAAUGACGGACUGAGUUAGGCGCGACAGUGCUCUGGUUUGGUGAGGGCAAGUGAACGUACGAGAACAUAUUGCAGUAAAUCUAGUUAGAUGCGUUGAGAAAAUUUAACAAAUCAUUAUUAUUUGUUUUUGACAAAAAAAAGCUAUCCAAAAAUUAUUAAAUAUGAUCACAGAAAAAAGUUUUGUGAAUCGUAGUGUGCGACGCAGUGUGCGGUGAGAUUCGCCCGAGCGUGGACAUGUGUGUGUGUGCGUGCGUGCGUGCGCCAGAAGAUACAUCAAGAACCCUUGAAAAAAUCCAACCGAAACGUCGAAACGCGUGUUUGUUAACCUUGCGGAAACCCCUCUCCUUCCCAGUGCUUCGUUUACUUCCCUAACCAACAACACAGCGAUUCACGCGUAAGUACAUUUCGCCAUCUAUUGUUUCAUCACUCCCAUUAAUAUCCACAAAAAUCCGAAACGCUCGCGCGCGCACACACACACAGACACAGCCACACCACCAUUUGACCGGCGCUGGGUUUGCCAAAGUCGAAAAAAUAUCCUAUCUUUGAUUAUAUUAUUUUUUGUUUUGUUAUUCAUUACACGAUAUUCUUCAAAGAGGAAAAACGAAAUGAGUCAUUUUUAAGAUACUGAAAUUCAAAAUCAUAUUAUAUAGAAGAGGGCUACCGCCGCCCACCGUCAGUAGAGAAGGGCGGAAAAAGGGGGCGGAGCGCUGCUAUUUUAUAAAACUUUAAAAAGCGCUUUACAAUAAUAAAUACAGCGAUAAUUAAGAAAUGUUACUAUAUUUGAUUGCGACAAAAGGCACGCAUGUAAAUUAAAACUAUAAUAGAAACACGCUAUUAUAAAAUAAUAACAAAAACAAAACAAAGAAGAAAAACUAUGAACUAUAUUAUAUAUAUAUUUAGAGUAGGAGUGAAUUUAUCGAACAAUAGUAUCGUUUAUUUUUUUCUCAUUUUGAAAAGCUACACCUACAAUGAUAAAUAACAAUUAAAUAUCUGUUUCCAGAGAGGAAAAAACCAAUGUUUUCUGCAGGUUAACCUUUGUUUUAGCAUAGCGUUUAGGUGACAACUACUUUACUUUUUUAAUGUUACGCGAUAGUUAAGGUCCCCCUCCCCCCUUUCGUAACAUAGUCAGUUUGUUUUCCCUCUUUAUCAUUGAACAAUAAAAACUACGUCUAGGAAGUGUAGAUUCUUAUUUCGUUUUAGAGUAAAAGUAAAGAAGAUGCACCGGAUGGUCGGACGACCAAACUCGCAAAAAAAUGCAUUUUAAUAGAUCUCUAAGGAAGGGUUGUAACCGUGUACAUAUAGGUCUUAAUAGAGUACAUAUAAAUGAUGCUGUUAAAUCCGUAGUUCACCACUUUUUUUGAAGUUUUUUUUUUUAUUGGAAAAAUAAAAUACAAAUUGAAGAACGAAAA